AUGAUUUGGCAGAAUGAUGUGAACAACCGAAGCGCUAGCAACAACCACCACCAUCACCACCACAUUCGACGCCCAAUGAAUGCGUUUAUGAUAUUCUCAAAGCGACAUCGACCGUUGGUUCAUCAGAAAUAUCCGAAUCGUGACAAUAGAACUGUAUCAAAAAUUUUGGGUGAAUGGUGGUACGCACUUGGGCCUGAUCAAAAGCAAAAAUAUCAUGAUCUGGCGACACAGGUGAAAGAGGCGCAUUUUCGAGCGCAUCCCGAUUGGAAGUGGUGUAGUCGGGAACGAAAAACAGUCAGUAGCGAGGAUAGUAAUAUUGAUGAGGAUGCAGAAACGUGCGAUAUGAAUGAUGUGGAAACGUCUGAUCGAAUGGCAUCCGAGUGCAUUGAUGGAAAAGCAAACGCGUUACCGUUAUUAAGCCCAAUUACUCCUGUACGCAUCUAUUUUAUUGAUCUAUUAUUUAAUUUCUUCGUCUAUUUAAGAGGCUGA